CAUUUUUGUUUUUAUUGACUUUUUUUUCAAAAAUUUAUUAAUCAUUUUUUCAGUUCUUAAACGCCCCGGUCAGUUAACUUCACCUCCUCAAUAUCAUCAUCAACAAAAUAUUCAUAAAAAUGAAGAAAAAAGUAUUGGGAGUGUUCAACAAAUUUAUAAUAAAUAUUCUGGUAUUAAUUAUAAAAAUUCCGAACAACCACAAGAACAACCACAAAAUUUGAAUUUGCAAAAUCAAUUUUCUAAAAUGCAACAACAAAUACAAAAACAGAGAGGACUUACUAGAGAUUUUGAUGCUAUAAGCCCUAAAAGUACUAGAAAAACUACUCCUGAAGAAGUUGACCGUCCUGAUAGUCGUCAUUCACCCUCUUCUGACACAUCUUCAUCUACUUCAAAUAUUUAUAUGGAUUCACAAGAAAAUACAACCUUGACAAAGUCAACAAAUGAUUCAACUUGUCAUUCUAAUUUUGUAAAUAAAUUGCCGAAUAAUGUUGUUCAGUCAAAUGAGUUUUCUCGUUCAACUCAAUUUAUCCAUGAGGCAAUUUCUAACUCACAAAAGCCUCCCACUAUGUUUCGUUUACUUGGACGAACUCCAACUACAGGCAGCACUGAAAAUAAAACAACAACAAUAAUUGUCAAGAAUAGUCCAAAUAAUAAUGCACAAUGGAAAGGGACAGAUUCGAAUUCCUCAAGUUCACCCCUUUCAACCCCUCAACAACGCAAAAUAUCUUCUGCUUCCUUCUCUGGACGAAGUCAUUAUAUUUCUCCAAGUGGGACUCGUUUUGUUCCAGUUGAUCCACGUGGACUUGUUUCUAUGCAAAAAAAUUCUGCAUCAAAUUCUAUUACUAGCUCAAAAUCAAAUUCUCCUAUAGCAGCUAUUCCUUCAACUCCUAGUCCAGCAUCUUAUAUCAAUUCCCCUCCACGAUGUGAAAUAAUAAAUCCGAAUGUUGAUAUUAGGACACCACGAGGAGAAAAUAAUCAAAAUAUUUUUGGUGUUGAUUAUGAACAACAACAUCAAUUUAUCUCUUCUACUCCAAAAACUAUAAAUAAUAUAAUUUCAUCAUCAACAAUAACAACAACAACAGCUAAUAGACGACAACAACCCCAACAACAUUUUCCUUCUACUAACCAAACAAAUUCUAACUUUUUCCGUAAGAGACAAAUUGUAGAAGAAAUGGCUCCACAAGCAUUAAUGACUUCUACUCCAAAUCGUUAUCAACAACAACAACGAACACCAACAUCGUCUAUUACUCAUAGUAAUAUUAAACGGUUUAGGCCAGUUAUAUCGUCUCAAGAAGGUGAUCAUCAACAAUAUGCUUGUAUUGAUUCAUUUCCAUCUGAUACUCCAAUCCUUCAACCACCACGAGUACGAACUUUGUAUCCGCAAAAACAGCAACAUUCUGCUAUCAGUGCUUCGCCAAUACCUGGAACAUCUACGUCAAUGGUUGAUAUUCAACAACCAACAUGUUAUCAAAUUUCUUAUCAAAACCAAAUUGUUAAUCAAAGAAUUCAUCCUUCUUCAUCUCAACAGCAUUUUACUUCAAAUACUCUUGGUCAACAACAUCCUCCUUCACAACCAUUUAGACAAGCAUUUACAUCAACAAUACAACGUCAACAACAACAGCAUCAUUAUUUGAGACAACAACAACACAAUUUGCGUACACAAUUAAAUAGAGGAAUAAACACUUCAACAUAUUUCCCAAAAUCUUUGUCUUCACUUUCUGGAGAAUUUGCAUUAGAACAUCAACAACAACAUUAUUCACAAAGACAUCAAUUUAAUAUUAAUUCUCCAACUGAAGAUCCUCCAUUUAAUGAAUAUAUUAUUGGUUCGCCUCCUCCUUCUGAACAGCAGCAUUUUUCUGAACGAAUAGCAACAUCUGGUUUAUAUGAACAAACUAAUCCAUCAGGCUUGAAUAUAAUGCGUCGAGCAGACCAACAACAACAACAAUUAUUACCGUCACCUUAUUCUUAUUCAACAACACCUACCUCUACACCAACAACAAUUCGAAGACUGCCAGUAAUAAAUCCUCAACAGCAACAAAUGCAACUUAACAGUCAUCCACAACAUCCACAACAACAGCAUUUUAUUCUUCCUUCUUCUUCUUCAAAUCGUUUUACAUCUUCAACAAAUAUUGCUCAUAAUAACAAUAUUCCUGUAUUUUUACAGCAACAAACAAAUAUUCCAAUGAACUAUAAUACUAUCCAACAACAUGCUCAUCAACAAUUAAAUUAUCAUCAAAGAGCAACAACAAUGACAGAAUAUAGGCCAGGGAUGGAACCUAUUGAUACACAUGCAAUUGAUCCUCCACCAAUUUUGGAAGCAGAAGGAAGAUUAUCUGUUAUGGAAACAAUUUCUUCUUCUACUUCUAUACCUCCUAUUUAUAAUCGUCAACAAUUGGGUGUUGUUUGUUCAAAUGAAGGUAAUAUAUCUUCUACUACGACGAAUCUUGCAACACCAAAUAAAAAUUCAAAUAAUGAGGAAGAUGCUGGAACACGUUCAAGUUCAGCUUCAGAUUUGGAUUUGCGUGAAAUUGUAAAUAAUAUUCCUUCAUCACAAUAGAGAAGGUUCGAGAGGUGGAAAAAAGGUUUGUGAAUAUUUUUUUAAUUUUAAAAAUAAAAAAAAAAUUUUUUUUAAUUUAAGGAGUAAAUGAAGGAAUAUGUAUGUAGGUAAAUUUUUUAUUUUAUUUUUAAAAUGAUUUUUAAUUUUUGGGUUAAAAAUUAAAACUGCCCUAAAAAAGUAAGUAGACUUGCCUGUGAACUUUCUCUAUUUUUUUUGUUCGAAAUUUUUUUUUCAAAUUUCUAUUUUCUAGGGAAUUUUUUUGUUGGUGUUGUUGAUGUUGUAGGCUGAUCAUGAGACCG